AUGGAAAAGUUACUCGUAAUUUAUUUGCUACUAAUCUCAGUUUCAGUUGCAACUUCACAGUCCGUGACCGAUCCCGAGACUUUCCUCCGAUGUAUCGUACGAGAGGGAUUGAACCCGCCGAGUUUCACCUCCGACGUCACCUACAUCCCAUCAAACUCCUCUUUCACCGCCGUCCUCCGCCGCCGCAUACCCAACCUCCGUUUCGACAAACCCACAACCCCAAAACCCUUCGCCAUCGUCACCGCCUCCACGUGGGGACACAUUGGCACGGCGCUAGCCUGCGCUCGCGAGCUCCCUGUCCAGGUCAGGAUUCGAAGCGGAGGCCACGAUUUCGAAGGACUCUCUUACACAUCCACCGCUCCGUUCUUCGUCAUCGACAUGUUCAGUUUCAGAUCGGUCAACGUCAAUCUCACCGAGGGAACGGCUUGGGUAGAUACCGGAGCUACGAUCGGAGAGCUUUACUACCGAAUCGCCGAGAAGAGCAAUGUCCUCGGAUUUCCGGCGGGUUUGUGUACCACAUUGGGCGUUGGUGGACAUUUUAGCGGCGGAGGGUACGGAACGAUGAUGAGGAAGUUCGGAUUGUCUGUGGAUAACGUCGUUGGCUCGGCGAUCGUCGAUUCGAACUCGAAUACCUACACCGAUCGGGUUUCGAUGGGGGAAGACCGUUUCUGGGCUGUUCGAGGAGGUGGAGCCGCGAGCUUCGGCAUCGUGCUGGGGUACAAAAUCCGACUUGUUCCGGUGCCGGAGAGAGUUACGGUCUUCAGAAUCGGAAGAACCGUCGGAGAAGGAGCCAUCGAUCUUCUAAUGAAGUGGCAGAGUUUCGCCCACAGUACGGAUCGAGAUUUGUUCGUGAGGGUGACGCUGACUUUGGUCAACGGUGCAAAGCCUGGUGAAAAGACGGUUUUAGCUUCCUUUAUCGGGAUGUAUUUAGGCCGGUCGGAUAAGACUUUGAACGUGAUGAACCGGGAUUUCCCGGAGUUAAAGCUCAAGAAAACCGAUUGUACCCAGAUGAGAUGGAUCGAUUCUGUCCUGUUUUGGGCCGGUUAUCCGAUCGGUACACCAACAUCCGUAUUGCUGAACACCACGGUUGCGAACAAGUUGUUCAUGAAGCGGAAAUCUGACUACGUGAAGAGUUCAAUUUCAAGAACCGGUCUCGGUUUAAUACUGAAGAAACUGGUGGAGAUUGAGAAAGUAGAAAUGAAUUGGAAUCCGUACGGGGGAAGGAUGGGUGAGAUCCCGAGUUCGAGGACACCGUUCCCACACAGAGCAGGCAAUUUGUUCAACAUUGAGUAUCUCAUUGACUGGUCGAAAGCUGGAGAUGACGUGGAGAGGGAUCAUUUGGCACGUGCGAGGGAGAUAUACAGAUUCAUGACUCCGUACGUGUCUAGUAACCCUAGGGAGGCGUUUUUUAAUUACCGUGAUCUUGACAUAGGAUCAGGUGCUAAUUCCACGUACGAGGAAGGUAAAAUCUUUGGGAAUAAAUACUUUAAAGACAAUUACGAAAGAUUAGUGGAUAUUAAAUCCACAUAUGAUGAGAUAAACUUUUGGAGGAACGAACAAAGUAUCCCCGUUCGAAAGUAA